AUGGCUUUUGAAGAUCUCCUACCUGUAGUUGGAGAGAAGGGAAGAUUCCAAAUCCUUCAGGUCUUUUAUUUUGGUAUAAGUUACGUAUUUGUAGGUUGCCAUUAUCUGCUAGAGAACUUCACUGCCUUUGUACCUGAGCACAGGUGCUGGACUCCCUUGCUUGACAAUACCUCGGCUUUGCUCAAUGUCAGUGGGAAUCUUAAUUUUAGUUCCCUACUAAAGCUUUCCAUCCCCCUGGACUCCAAUGGGAAACUAGAGAAGUGUUGCCGAUUCUUCUGGCCACAGGGGCAGCCCUUGCUUGUAAAUGUCACAGGACAAAACCUGAGCCAGCUGGAGAUGCAGCCAUGUGUGGAUGGCUGGACCUAUGACCAAAGCAUCAUCACUUCUUCCAUUGUGACUGAGUGGGACCUGGUGUGUGACUUCCAGACAUUGAAGCCCUUGUCUCAAUCAGUAUUCCUUGCUGGGAUUCUGGUGGGAUAUCUCAUAUGGGGCUAUCUCUCAGACAGGUUUGGACGAAAACGUGUGCUGGCUCAAUGUUUCCUCCUGAUGGCUGUCUCCGGCACUGGGGCUGCCUUUGCCCCGUCAUUCCUGGUUUACUGUUGCUUUCGCUUCCUGCUUGGGUUUUCCUUAUCAGGAUUCACACUUGGCAGUGCAUCCCUUGUCUCAGAAUGGAACACGACCCAGUACAGGCCCCUGAAAACACUCAUGUUAAACUUGUGCCUCAGCCUGGGUCAUCUGUUUCUUGGGGCUCUGGCUUAUGGCAUCCAUGACUGGCGCAAACUCCAGCUGCUGGUAUCUGCUCCCUUCUUUGCCUUCUUCCUGACUGCUUGGUGGUUGCCAGAGUCUGCUAGAUGGUUGAUUGUCCACAACAAAUGUGAUGAUGCCUUAAAGGUGCUCAGACAAGUUGCAAAAAUCAAUGGAGUAAAGGAGGAGACCCUGACUGUGGAGGCUUUGAGUUCCACCAUGGAGAAGGAGCUGGCUGCAGAACAAACACAGUAUACCAUGUUGGAUGUGAUUCGCUUCCCCAUCCUGCGUAAAAGAAUCCUUUGUUUGUCAUUGUCAGGUUUCACAUCAGGGAUGCUUUUCUAUGGACUCUCUCUGGAUCUACACAGCUUGGGGCACAAUAUUCAAAUGCUCCAGGUUCUUUUGGGAACGUUCACCUUCCUAGGCAGGUUUGGGGCCUUGAUCAUCAUGAACUGUCUUGGUCGUCGAACAAUAAUGAUGGCUUCCUUCCUCCUUGCUGGACUCUUCAUACUUCCCAGUGCAUUUCUGCCUCAAGGAAUUUUGCUUGUGGUUUCAGCAAUACUAGCAAUCAGCUGUGUUGUGAUCUUCAUUUCCUGCAACAGUGUCUAUGCAACUGAGCUUGUACCCACAGUAGUCAGGAACAUGUCCUUGGGAUUCGUUCUCACAGUAGAUCGGAUUGGGGCAGUGCUGGCCCCACAGAUGAAAAUACUCAAACAAUACAUUCCAGCCAUGCCCCAGAUCAUCUUUGCAAUCAUGGCCAUCACUGCCAGCCUAGUUGUCUUCUUCCUCCCUGAAACCAGGAACAAGCCCAUGCCUGACACCAUCCAAGAUCUAGAAUAUGGACAUUCAAGAGAAGAAGCAAGACCAAGAGAUGAGGGUGACACCCUGGUGAAAAUUACCCACUUUUAGGAUUGUUCCAAGAUUAUGACUGGGAAGAAAAUGGCUGUAGUCCAACCUGGCUUU